CCGCACCGUUCGAACCACGGAGCCGCCGCGCGCGCGCGUUCAGUAAUUCAGUUUGGUAACGUGGCAUCCCCCGAACAGGUAUACCUGUGCGGUCCGUCUCGUUAUUAUUAAUUUGUGUGUAUUCCGUUCCGACGAAGGAAGGGAAUUUAAAAAAAAUAAAAUAGAAAAAAUUUAGUCGUGCGCGCCCCUACCCCGCAAGGUUUUGUUUUUGCGUGUGCGUGUGCGCGUGUGUUUGUGCAGUGUGCUCGGCCGUGCGCGCCUGCGUGUGUGUGUGUGUGUGUUUGAUAUAUAUAUAAUAUUAUAUGUUUUAUUGUUAUUGUGCGGGUGUGUGCGAGGUUUGCCGUGUCGUCGUGCCAGUGCGAAAUUUUUGAAAAAUAUCCGUUUUUUUUUUUGGUGCCUCUAUCCGCCGCCGCUGCCGUCCGAGAUUUCGAGAGUUUUCCGCGUUCGGUUUCUUUUUUUUUUUUUUAAAUACACCGACUGGCGGCCGCGCGCUUGCGCUCGGUUGCGGUGAAAUUUUCGGUCGUUCGGUUUUCUCGGUGUCUUUGAUUUGUUCGCAUUACUAAGUUUGUUCUGUUUGUUUAUCAAUCGAAUGCCGUCGGCGGCCCGAGUGAUCCGAGCACAUUAAAUAUUAUUAUUAUUAAUAAUAAUAAGUAUCACGCGCUCCGCGCCGGUGUCAAUAACCGACAAGUGGGACAUCGCGCGUCAGCAAAGAAGUUUCUCCUUUUUACGGAGAGAGACAUUCUACGCUGCGUGUACCGGUCUGCAAAACGGUCAGUGUACACGAAUUUUAUGUUUGCAUUCUUCUGAACUGACAAAAUGGUACCGGGGUGGUUAGGCCUUAUCGACGACCAACUACCCGUCUCGGGAGUCAGCUGCGAUGUGUCUAUCACGUGGAGGACGGCUCCGGUCGACUAUUUCAUAUAAAUCAUGAAGAGACGACAUUCAGAGGCCUAAUGGAAUGAAGGAAUCUACAGGCUUUUUCGGCGACCCGUUACCGACGUCGGGAGAAACAGGCACAGAACUGACGGUUCGGGAGCUGGAAGAGAUGGCGUGCCGGCAACAGCAUCAGAUCGAGUCGCAGCGGCAGCUGUUGGCUGCCAAAGAACAGCGGCUCCGUUACCUAAAACAACAUGACACCAAGCACCAUCAGGUGGCGGCGGAGCACGAGAGGCUCCGCCGCCUCCGGGAUCGGGUCGAGGCUCAGGAACAAAAGCUCCGCAAGCUCCGGGCGCUCAGAGGUCAAGUGGACCAGACUAAACUCAACAACGCUACACUCACUUCUGACCUGGAAUCGAUCCGUGCCUUGUUUAAUGAAAAAGAAAAAGAACUAACAAUGGCCGUGGCUAAAGUGGAUGAACUAACUAGGCAACUAGAAGACGUCCAUAAAGGACGAGGUCAUGCACAGCCUACGUCUCCGGCCUCCAUAGAACUUGACAAACUACGAGCUGAGCUAUUAUACCGGAACAAAUUGGGUGAACAGCAAACUGCUAGGUUGGUACAACAACGUGAAGUUCUUUCCAAAAGACAAGAGGAAAUGGCAUCUAUUGAUCGGCGAAUAUCGGAACUACAAGCUAGAUUACACAGGAAGAGAUUGCUCAACCAACAGCUUGCCAAUCAAAUCCAGGCUAACAAACCAGGCCAUAAUAAUAGGUCUCUGGGUGGUCCGGGUAAACAAAUGAUGCCGUUGUGUGAUGGCAAAAUGAAUGGCGGUGGCGGAAACGUUGCAGCCAUCGAGCCGUUUAACCACAUACCGGACGCCAUGAGCAAAAAUUCAAUGUUACGCAAGUCCGAGGAUAACAUCCUUAGCCAUGCCACGGUCAAUGGCGACCCACAGUCAUAUGGUGGACGGUCCGGCAGGCCUGAGCAAAAAUCACUGUCUCAGCAGCCUUUGGUCCAGAAACCGAUAAUGGACCCAUACCAACAACAAUAUCAACCGUCAAAUAACAACUACAAAAUUGAACAACAGACAAAUGGCAACCCAGACGACCUUGCAUAUUUUGGCGGCAGCAAGUUUGACCCUAAAUACCAGACAUUACCCUACAAUACCAAAUUCUCACCAUUGGCCAACUACAGCGGAAACCAAUCGGCAAUCCAACACCAUCAACAUCAGCAACAACAGCAACAACAUCAUCAUCAUCAUCAGCAACAACAUAACCAACAACAACAACUGAACCAACAGCAGCAACAAAACCAACAGCAGCAACAAAACCAGCAGCAGCAGCAGCAACAGAACCAGCACCAACAGUGGUUUGGUCAACAUGAAGAGAUGUCCGAGGAUAUCAAUAGAGACCUAGUCAAUAAUAACACCAACUGUUACGGAGCCGAUCAAAAACUUAAUGGAACGGCCCAAAAUAAAAAGUCAGUUUUAGCCGGCCAAGUUCUGACAAACCUGGGACAAAAUUUACAAAUGCAGAGUUCCAGCAGACCUAUCAACGCUCAAGUAUAUCACACGAAACCACUUUCGUCGUCCAAUCAUGUUUCUCAAAGGCCCUUAAACUAUUCGAUACACCAUCCUCCGGUUCUGGUAACUCGAAGCCAACCAGUCGGCGGAACCGGGAUAAUAAAUCAGAAACCGACAAGCAGUGUGUCGCCUAUUUAUCAAACAUCUUCGACUAAGGUUCAGCCUGUGCAGCCUCAAGUAUUAAAUUCCAUGGCGACGAACCAAGUGGUGCCUAAAGAAUCAAAACAACCAAUUAGGGUAGCGAUGGAGUCUGAACAACCGGUCGGCACGGACCGGGCCGGCAGCCCUCCGACCGUCGGAAAACCAGCGUUACCCCCCAAACCUCCUCCACCACUGAUCAAGACUUGUACGCCACCACCGCCACCGAGGCAAAAUGCUUACCACCACCAUAUACCUCAGUACCACCAGCCGGACCCAUCGUCGGAAGACGGGGGCCUAGGAGGAGCUGGUAGCGGCCGUACGUACUACACCGACUCCAGACCAGCGCCACUUCAAAAAGACCUGACGCCUCCCCCGCCGCGGAUACCCAAUGGUGGCAUUGCUGGAGCCUCGAUCAAGCCUGGCUUUGGCAACUUGGUGGAUUCGUCAGAGUCUGACAACUCGUCGAGUUCGACGUCCAUGAGAUCAACGUUCGGUAGCAAUGUCAAAAGUGGCGAACAUCUGUUAGAUACCGUGAGGUCUGUGAGCAUAUCGACGACCAAAGGGACGCCUCCCCCUCCUCCUCCACCACCUCCAUCUCAGCCACAGCAGUCAUCUGUUACUGUAGCCGCGUCUUCAACCGAACUCAAGGAUCAGCAACAGCAUCAGCCACCACCCCACGAAGCAAAAAUCCCCUCUAGACUGCCAUCACUCUUACUCAAUCGAACCACUUCUUAUCCAGUGACGGAUAUCGUUGGAAACGAGAGCAAAGUCAACAACAAUAACCACCACCAUCUUUUCCACCAUCAUAAUAACAUUAACAAUAACCACCAGCAAGCGCAACACCGAAUAUCCGUCGCGCCAUCCCAACAGCAGCAGCAGCAGCAGCAGCAGCAACAGCAACAACCGGCACAGACUCCGUCAGUUAUCGCUCCUUCCACCAUUCCCACCUCAUCAACCGUCAGACAACUAGAUUCUCAGGCUGCGGCGACUGAUGAAACGGAUAGAGCGCGGGCAGUUAGUGUCGCCCAGCGCAUUGACGAACUUGAGACACGUUUUGGUGGUGGAGGCAGUAGCAUAGGGGUCGUUGGAUGUGGUGGGUCUUCGUCCACUGAUGAUAACAGUACUAGCAACCACAGCUCUUCAUCACCGGACUCCGGCCAAGACUCGGGCAGAGACGACAUAUCCGUGGAAUGCAGAAACAGGCUGGUUGUGCGGAAAAAAGGCAACCUCAAGGAGUCGGGCGGAAGCAUCGGUCACAAGCGACGGGUAUCGUUCGAUCCUCUUGCAUUGCUUUUGGACGCCUCGUUGGAGGGUGAACUCGAGCUGGUUAUGCGAACCGCUGAACAAGUGGGAGAUCCAAGCGCAGCCAAUGAUGAAGGAAUAACUGCGCUACACAAUGCCAUAUGCGCCGGCCAUAUAGACAUUGUUAAGUUUUUAGUUAAGUUUGGCUGUGAUGUAAACGCUCAAGACUCCGACGGAUGGACGCCGUUACACUGUGCCGCCAGCUGUAACAACCUAGCCAUGGUCCGAUUUCUGGUGGAGCACGGGGCGUGCAUAUUCGCCACCACGUUGUCAGACCAGGAGACGGCCGCCGAAAAAUGCGAGGAGGACGAAGAGGGUUUCGACGGGUGUUCAGAGUUUCUUUAUAGUGUUCAAGAGAAGUUAGGCAUAAUGAACAACGGUGCAGUGUACGCGGUUUUUGGGUAUGAAGCGCACAACCAGGAUGAGUUAACUUUCGAUGAUGGCGACAGGAUUGUCGUACUACGGAAAGGCGACGACACUGAACGAGAAUGGUGGUGGUCAAGGAUUGACGACCGCGAAGGAUACGUUCCACGGAAUUUACUUGGGCUUUACCCGAGAGUGAUCGGUGGCAAAAAAUCGGAGACCGAAUGACAAUCCGCUUUGGUGGCAACGGCGAUAUCACCCGUCAAGAAGCUGAUCGAUUCUUGGGUCCCGCCAAAAUCAUAUCAUACAACGAUAUCAUUCUUAUUGUUUUAGACUUUCUCAUAUCUAUAACGUUAUUAUCUAUAUUAUUAUUAUUAUUAUUAUUAUGAUUAUUUUAUAUUUUUUUUACAUUUUCUUUUUGACUUAUUGUUUUUUUUUUUUUUUUUUAUCACACAGAAAACACACUUUAAUUAUUUAUUUAUUAUUUCUAUAAUUAUCAUUAUUAAUAUUAUUUUGUUGUAAUUUAAGACCAAAGUUUAUUUAUGCGUUUUGACCAUGACAAAUUUUAUGAAAGCAUUAUCGCGGUGUAUAUAUCGUAUAGUAAUUUUAUAAUAAUUUAGUUGACAUAAAAAAAAAUAACUUUAAAUUUAAAAUUAAUAUAUAUUCUUAUUCAAACAUUGAAAAGUUCACGCGCUCGAGUACGUGACAUAUAUAUUAUAUAAUUUUGUAUUUACGUUGAACGUGCAUAAAUUGUUUUUGAAUGUUUUUUUAUUUAUUUAUUUUAUGUUUUCCUAAGUGUUUUCACGUUUAUAUGAGUACAUUAAACUAAACAUCAUCGUAUUUGUAUCAUAUUAUAGUAUUUUGACUAAAAUUUUUUUUUCUAAAUAUUGUGAUGUAUAAAAAUAGUAUAAAACGUAUUUCUUUUCUUUGUUGUUUAUCCAAUAUUAUUGUUAUUGAAAUAAAUUUUUAUUAUUAUA